CGCCAAUCCGAUUCCUUUUCGUUUUCCUCUUCUGCGUCGCGCGGAUUUGGGAUUUGCUUCUCCAAGGUGCAGGCCGACGAAAUGCCGCGUCGCGCUUCCGCGCGUUUUUCGCACGACCCUGGCCGACUUUUUUCCUCGACGGUGUCAAUCGUCUGUUAGGCUUGUUCUCCCUCGUCUUCUCUCUGGCUUCCUCUCCAGCGUUCGAGCGCUCCUCUCGCUGCUUUCUCAACCGGUCGGUGUCUUUCUCUCGUCGCCAUUCUCGGGGCGUUCCGUCCGUCCGUUCUUCUCCAUCUGCAUCGCGCGGGCUGUCCAAUCGGGACUCUCGCGCAGUCGAGUCUUGAGGCUUCUUCUUUCUCUCUGCCUCGUCAAUCGUCUGUCUAUGCAGACUUCUGCUGUCGCAGCGCGCGCCUCAAAGCGCGUCUCAGCCUCGCUGUUCUCGGGCUCUCUUCUGAGUGCUUUGCGCGCGGAGUCCUCGGCCUGACGCCACCGCGUAACGAGUUGGAGGCCUGAACUCGCGCAGGAAUUGCCUGGACUCGAGAGCCUCGGCGUACGCGUCGCGCUGUCAGUUUCUGUGUAGGCAGAGCCUUCUCCGCUGUCGCCGCCUUUCUCUCGCUCGGCUUCUCGCGCCUCGCCUCCUCCACCGCCCCUCCCCUCCUCCACCGCCCCUCCCCUCCUCCACCGCCCCUCCCCCUCUCUCGGAGUAAGACAAGGAGAAGGAGAAGGAAGAGAGGCAGAGACGGACGAGGCACUCGACAAGAGGAACUGAAGGCGAAAACGAGCAGAAGGAGCUUCAAAGACCGAAUCCUCAUGAAGGACCCGCCGUUUCGCGCGACAGCCGCGCCCUCGAGGUCCCAGAGGCCUCCAGGAAGCAGAGACGCGAAUCAAGCCUCCUUCCCACCAACAGGAGACACUUCAACGUCUCGACCUCCUCGCGCUUCUCCUCCAGCUUCCUCUUCUUCGUUCGCUUCGUCGUCCUCUUCUUCUCCUCCAGCUUCCUCUUCUUCUUUUCUCGAGAAGCGUCGACGGAUGCUGCACAUCACUGUGCUGGGGGCUGGGCAAGAUGUCGGACGCAGCGCGGUGUAUGUACGCCUGGGGCGGCGCUGCGUGCUGUUCGACUGCGGCUGUCACUUAGGGAUGAAAGAUGCUCGGAGGUUUCCUCUGUUCGACAAGCUCGCGGCGCUCGCCGUCGAGCGCGAGGAGGAGAAGAGGGAGUUCGAGGCGCGCGACGCAGCGGAGCCGUUUCAUGGUGGCGCCUCUGACAGACUGCGAAAGCGACUGCGGGGAGGAGACGACGCCGCUGCCCUGGACGCGCAACGCGGCGGACGCGAGAGCUGCGAAGAACCGCGACCAUCCCCUACAUCCGCGGCGGACCCUGCCCCUGCGACAGGGACUUCUUCAGUCGACCGAGAUGACGGCGCAUCCCUCUCUCGCGAACGAUCCGCGAGUGUGCACCGCCACUCGUCUCUCCCUCGUUCUUCGCCGUCUUCUUCUCUCUCUUCUCUUCCUUCGUCUCUUUCUCUCGAAGCUCUGCUGCGGCAGCCGCGGGGCAUCUUAACGCAUGCAGUCGACGCUUGCGUAGUGUCGCACUUCCACCUGGACCACUGCGGGGCUCUCCCCACUUUGACAGAGUUUCUUCAAUACCGCGGCCCAGUCUUGAUGACUUUUCCGACGAAGGCUCUCAGUCCUCUGCUGCUGCUCGACUGCGCGCGCGUAGGCCGAGACCGAGCUCAGCGCGUUCCGCAGCGAACUGCGUCGCUUCCUCCUUCCGAGAGCACUCCGCAUUCUCUCUUUGAGGAGCCCGAUCCGUCUGCGGCGAAGACGGCCGCCAACGCUGCCCUUGGACUUUCGCGCCCCCGAAGCGGCCGAGACUGCAAAAACGCCUCUUCCUCUUCUUCCUCUUCUUCGUCCUCUUCUUCGUCCUCUUCUUCUUCCUCCUCUUCGUCACUGUGGAGUUUCGAGACGAGUGAUGUUGUGGCGAGUGUGGCGCGGGCGAAGGCCCUGCGGCUGCACGAGACGUGGAGAGAGGAGACAGGGGAGGAGACAGGGGAGGAGACACUUCAGCUCACGCCCUUUUACGCGGGUCACGUUCUGGGCGCCGCGAUGUUCGAACUGAAACUCGGAAAGGCUUCUGUCGUGUACACAGGAGACUUCAACACCAUUCCCGACCGCCACCUCGGCAGCGCCGCCCUCCCCUGUCUCCGCCCAGACGUCCUGAUUUCCGAGUGUACGUACGCCUCCUUCGUCCGGCCGAGCAAGCGGACUGUGGAGCGCGACUUCUGUGCUGUCGUCCACGACACUCUCACAAAGGGCGGAAAAGUUUUGAUUCCUGUGUUUGCGGUUGGCCGAGCGCAAGAGCUCUGCAUGCUGCUCGAGAAUUACUGGGAACGCAUGCAUCUGCGCUUUCCCAUUUACUUCGCCGGCGGCAUGACCGAGCGCGCAAACGCGUACUACCGGCUGUAUGUACACUGGAGCAAAGCCGACGCGAACGUGGACGCCGACCCAGAAGAUGCGCUUCGAACUGCAUUUUCGUUUCCACACAUUCUUCCUUUUCAGUCUUCUUUGUUGUCUGCGCCGACGCCUCUCGUCCUGCUGGCAACGCCGGGGAUGCUCCACGGCGGCUUGGCGCUGAAGGCGCUGAAGGCUUGGGGGGGCGACCCUGCGACGCUGGUGCUUCUCCCUGGGUACUGCGUUCGCGGCACAGUCGGCGCGAUGUUGAUUGCAGGCCAGCGACAAAUUCCCCUGGACGGCCAUGCGACGCUGAAUGUGAAGUGCCGAAUCCGGUACAUGUCCUUCUCGGCGCAUGCAGACACGACCGGAAUUCAGCAGCUGAUUGUGAACACCCAGCCACGGAAUGUCAUCCUCGUCCACGGCGAAAAGGAAGGCAUGGCGAAGCUCGCUGCGGUCAUUCGCAGAGACUUCAACAUUCCCGUGUACACUCCGGCGACAGGGCAAACGAUCUCGAUUCCCGUCGUCCGGCGCGAGCGCGUUGUUCCAGUGUACGUACACCUGAACUUCCUCCGCGCCGCCGUGGCGCUGACCGCCGCCGGAGGGGCGCCUGGCCAAGCGGCUUGCAGCGCUCAGCAGCGGCAGGACCUUCGCGCGCUCGUCGCCAGCUGCACAGACGGAGAUGACGAAUUGAAGAAGUUGCUGGUCACCUCAGGAUUUUCCUCCAUUCUUGGAAUCGACAGCGAUGCACCUUCCGAGCCAAUCUCUGAGAACGGAGGAGACCUCUCUUCUUCCUCUUCGUCCUCCUCUUCCCUCUCGUCUUUCUCUUCUUCGUCGUCGUCUGCAGCGGAGACGGCUCUCGUUCCCCCGGGCAUGCUGCCGUGCUACUUUCCGUUCCUCACGGCGCCUCCUGCUGUGUGCUUCAAAGUCUCUCCUUUCGAUUCUCCUUCCUCUGAGCAGAGCGAAGCAAACUCGCGUUUCCUCAUUGUUGACCACGACACUCUCCAAAAGGCAGCAACGCACAACGCACUCCACGGCGACGGGUCUCUUCUCCAUCGGCUUCGACAUGAACCUCCAUUUGCUGUCUCUGCUCCUUCUUCUUCCUCUUCUUCUCCUUCGUCUUCCUCCUCUUCUCCUUCGUCUUCCUCUUCUUCUCCUUCGUCUUCCUCCUCUUCUUCUCCUGCGUCUUCCUCCUCUUCUUCUCCUGCGUCUUCCUCCUCUUCUUCUCCUGCGUCUUCCUCCUCUUCUUCUCCUUCGUCUUCCUCUUCUUCUCCUUCGUCUUCCUCUUCUUCUCCUGUUUCUUCCUCUUCUUCUCCUGCCCCCCUUCCGAAAUGUCUCCGCCUGCACAGCGUUCGAUACUCGGCGAGGGUGGCACUGAGCUUCGCGUCGUUUCGCUCUCUUUUAGGCCUUUUCUUUGAAUAUUUCUUUCAGUGUCGCGCCGCCCACCAGCGGCAGCGCCUCGCCUCAGCGGCCUUCCUGCGUCUCCCGGCUGCGCUGGACUUUGGAGGCGAAGUGAAAGUUCUGUCAUUUCGUGACGGGAGACAGACGACGGAAGACUCUGCACAGGCGACAGGAGACGCGAACGCGGAGAAAAGCCGGGAACGCAGGAAGAAAGAUGGAGCAGGGGCAGGCGACGAAGGAAAAGGACAAGAAGAAGAAGCACAAGAAGAAGGACAGGAGGAGAGUGAAGAAAGCGUGCGAGAAGACGCGUCUGCGAGGGAUCUGGGUGCAGGAGAAACGAGAAACAAAGAGUGGAAUGAGGAAAAGGCAGACACGGACGAGGACUCCGUGCUUGUAUCCUUCCUCUCUCUCGUCGCUGUUCACGACGGACGCAAGACGCUGCGCAUGCAGUGGGCUGACCAGGACGACCAGCCGAACAGCGCCGUUUUUGUGUUUGUCGAGUUUUUCUCCUCCUUUGACGAGACGAAGCAACGCAGCGAAGUCGCGCGUUGAGUUUUUUUCGGACUCAUCAAUGUCAACUUUCUUCGCAGAGUGACAAGCCAGGGGCUCUGCAGAGGCAGGUAUUCCGUUCCGUUCUGGGCAAGAAAAGAGGAGGACGCACCACAAUCUCUCUUCUUCGCUGCUGUCUUUGGUGUAUCUCCACCUUUCGCCUCUCUCGUCUCCACACCUCGCCUCUCGUCUGUCUUCUGUUUUCUCUUCUCACUUUGUUUUCUGUUGUCCUACUUUUUUUCCUCCCUCGUCUUCUCCAUCUUUCGUCGUGGGUGCCUCUGUAAUUGUCUGCUGGGGGUGCAUUCGGGAGUGAGAGAAACGCUCAGCAACUGUUUCGACAAGAAACGCGCCUGGUCCGGAGUCAGCAGCCAGCUUACCACCAACGCAUCUGUUUUUUCUCGUUUCUGAAACGACAGUAAAAACUAUACUCGCCGCUGCGGUGCGCUCUCGACUAGACGUUCAGCGUCCCUUUGUAUAAAGGUGACGAUCUUUCUCUCCGAUUCUGCUGUGCCUGACGACGUUCAGUGGCUGUCAGGCGGCCGUUCGCUAGAGACCUCGGCUCGGAGUCUCGGCCGCAGUUCCUUUUUCGCGCAGAAAUCAAAUUUGCUGAGUUUCUGCUCCUCGAAAGUCCACGCGUCACUUCGGAA